AAUCGCGCUUCUAUUCAAUAAAAGACUAUAUAAUUUAAAUGUACGGUAUUCCAACUUGGACAGAAGAAGCCCGUACCCUUCACGAUGACAUCUGUCGAGCCAGAACCUCCGAGUCGUCUGUUUUGGCUUCUGAUCUCAGAGCCAAGCUUCAAUUAAGCAAGCCUAAACUAUUACGACUUCUAGACGAUGAUUCCAGAAAUACAGCACACAGAACCAAUCUCAAUCAAGGCAAGGCAUAUAUCAAUGGAACUCUUCAGAAGAUCGCACCAGAAUUCGCACAGAAAGCCAUAUUUCUUUCCGACCAACUAGAUAUUAAUGAGUACACAGCAGCCACUCUUUUAAAACGAGGGUUGGAAGAGGUAUCAUACACAGAGGAUAAUGCUAUCGACAUUUCAAUCGUUCUUUACCACCAAGAGCAUGAAUAUCUCCUAGAAUGCUUCGAAGUUAUUCUUACAACGGCCAAAGAUGCAAGUGUAAACAACGACAUACGAUUGGUUUGCUACGAUUUCAUGAACGAUAUCAUGCAAACUCGUUUACCUCAGGAACAACUGUCAACAGUAACAGGUGGACCAGGUGGACCAAGUGGAUCAUUUAUAGCGAAACUGAUUGCGACUGUUAAAAGAUACCAAGAAUAUAUCAGCUCAAUCAUGGAUACCGGCGCAUUAUCAAAUGCCCAGCCAACUCCUGCUAUUGGAUUGGCAAAUGGGGUUGGACAGGGAAAGCUGGGAGAAGAGAUUACAGAAUACAGAAUGCACCACUUAGUGGAGGAGCGUACAGGUCUGAUAAGGAUAUUUUAUCACCUUGGCUCUCUUUUUUGGCCAGAACCAGAAGACGUACUGUCUUUCUUGGGAAUGUUGGAAAACGCAAACCUCAAAGAUUACGCUACACCUUAUAUGAUUAUCUGCAUGAUCGCUAUUCUUUCACCAGAGAAUCAUGUUAAUAUGGACGACGAUUACCAGCGCAAGGAUUUAUCCAAAAAUGAAGAAUUCUUAAAGAAGUUUCACGAGCGAAUAAUGAAUCAAUCAUGGACAGUACUUCCUAUAAAAGCGACAAUAUUUAUUCAAUGGGUCAUAUUACUGGAGCAUGCCUCGUUAUCAAAACCGGGUCUCAAAGAAAGAGUAACGGGUACUGGAGAUUUUACUGAACUUGUAAAAGAUGCGAUAUCAGCAAAGGCGUUUGUAUUUAUGAACAACUAUCUACUGCAGUUUCAACAAGAAUACGGAAAAAAUAACGUUUACCGGGGAGUAUUGAAAGAUCAGAUAGAUGACGAUGGAAAUAUGGUGACAGAUAGAGCUGUCAACCUUGGAGACUUUACACUAUUCAAUGCAUUUAUUCGCGAAGAUUUUCAUAUAUAUGUUUUACAUGAGCUGGACAUUUUGGCAAGCACGUUUAUCAGAAAUAUGAAAAGCGUUUUACAAACCCUCAAAUAUCGCGAAGAAGAUUCAAACCCGGCUACUUUACCCACACAACAGUCAUCUAUCAUAUAUACAGAUUUAAACAACAAAGAUGAAAGAUGUCAUGAUUUAGAAGAUUUCUUUUCUUUCCUUGCCAGCGUCUAUCGUUAUCGUAUUGAUGCAGGAUUUCAGUUCUGGACAAAUGAUGAAGGUGGUCUAUACAUCUUCACACAAUGGGCAGCAAGCAUCAGAGUGCAAAGUACAGUAAAAGCGGUAUAUGAUUUCUUGGGGUCGAUUUCGACAGGAGAACGUUGUGCACGCUCUUGUUUCGCCUAUCUCAGAAGAUAUACAACCACAUAUGAGUCGGGUGUAAAUAAUUUCUUCUCAUGGGCGAGCCUCGUUCAGACUCUUCAAUACUAUGCACCUUUGCUGCACACUAGUACCGAAGACCGUAUCAACCGUCUUCCUCCAAAUGAAGAGAACCUCUUGAAGACAUUUCUCUACCUUUUAAAGCAAGUGGUUCUGUAUUACGUGGAUGCGAGAAAAUUCUUAUGGGAAGAUAAAAUCUUAAAUGUCCAGAAUAGCUUGAUUGAUAUGAUUAAUUCCCCAACUUCAACACAACUUCGCGCUGCUCUUUACGGUGCCCUCGCAGCAUUUUGCUCUUCUGGUGGUGGAGACAUUAAUGGAGUUGGAAGAUCCCAUGCUCUGGAGAUGUGGGAUGUUUUAGAAGGUGGACAAUUCCUUGUUUAUCACCCACCAAAGGAAGGAUUGACCCGUGCUCAAGCUAUGGCUUCAAAACAAGUUGGAUUCAUGAAAGACCUUUCGCUCGAACAAUCUACUGGCACUUACCCCGAGACUUUGGCAAUUAUUGAACUCUUGACAUCACUUAUCCAUCCUCAAAAUGAACGAAAUGAACUGAUUGCAGGGUAUAAAACAACGGGCUUUUCUAUUCCUUCCAAACUUGGCUAUAAUCGAAAGAACCCGGGUGCUGAACCGUAUAUAUCUCUUAUUAUUGAAAACGUGUUUCUCCAGCUGGAUUCUUUCAAAUAUAUGCAUUCAGAAUGCAAAUGGCAACUUACUGAAGCAUGUCUUAAACUCUUGGAGAAUUGCAUCAUGUCCUUUGAUUUGAGACCCUUAGUAUAUUGGUGGAGGGGCGACAUAAAUUACCAGCAGAAAACUGGCGCGGAAGAAAUCCUCAGCUCCCUCUUACGUUAUAUUACCCACCCCGGAUUUGAGGUCUUCGUUCGCCUAUUCUCAGACUCUCGAUUAACUAAAAAGCUUUUUAGUAUCUUAGAACACGAGACAGAAGGCUCAAUUAGCUGGAGAAGCAUGCCUACGUUUUCGAGAGAAUGCGUUGCGAGAUGUCUAUCGAUCAUCGAUAAAGCCCUUGAAGUUCAAGACGCCUUUUGCAACCUGCUGGUGCCCACAAUCCUACGUUCCCUGACAAAAACAUCCUCCCCUGAUAUUGUCUUGGGGGAUUUUAACUUCAAGCCUAUCCCGUCUAUUACUAUGUUUAGCCAUUUAAUGCUCCAUCACCAAAAGGUUCUUAUCAAUAUCAGCCAGCUUGUUAACAGCAAAGACUAUGAAGAGAUCUGUUCGCUAAGCGCCAAAAUCUUGCAAACACUUUCUGCCGAUCCCUCCUUAAACGAUAUGACAGUCAAGAGCGAACAGGGAAAUUAUGUGCAUUUGGACACUGGUGGCCUUGGAAAACAGCUUACCAUGGUCUUACAAGCAAGUAGUGAAGCGGACGCAAUUAUCUAUGGAUUCAGUGAAAGACUCAGAUUAGACUACUCAGAAUCUAUCACUUUUAAUGAUUAUAUGUAUGAUCUCAACAAUAUUCCGUUCUGGCGUGCCGAGACAGUAGCCGACAAUAUUCACCAGCUCAACGAAACUUCUCCACGACGUAUUCAAAGUUCGAUCCGUCUAGAAAUUCUUGACUUGCUCCUAAAUAAUUCUGUAAAAUCCAAAUCUUCUCCUAAUCUCACAGAAUUCCUUUUAGGUUUUGAAACUAAAAAUGGGAAGGGAUUAGUUAGUAUAAAAGAUCCUCUCAGUAGUAAUGCUAUUCCCACCAGCUUUCACUCCAUUCUCGACCUAUUACGAUCAGGCGUGAGUGCUAAAGGUCUGCCACUCAUUGCAACUCAUCCACUAUUGGCUGAAAAGUGCUACCAAUUGAUCUACCAACUCUGCUCCAAAAAGUCGACCUCAGAACCGGUUAUGCGAUAUCUCAGAACCAGAGAAAACUAUUUUUACGAGCAAUUCAAAGCAAUGCCAUCCGGUCUAACAAGCUACCAAAGUACACCUGUUCAUAUGUUACCAGGAACCCUUAUUUACCCUGACGGAACAAAAAAUAGUAUCGACUUCUUCUCUCUUCGAUCACAGCUCCUUCGACGUGCCUGGCUCCUUCACUCAGUUGCACUUGAAUUACAUGCCGCAGCUGUUUCUGGAAGAACAUCUGAUGCAAGUCGACUAAUUGAACUUCUGUAUGGCGAUGGCGAACUUCCUGAAAAGAAUGCAUCUCCUCAAGCAACACGCGUGCUCCAGCAACCGCUUGUUAAGAUUCUGGAGAUUGUCAGCUCGCUCAACUUCAUCUGGGAUGACCACACCAAGGACUCUCCGAAAGAUUUCUGUUUGGACUUUUUUACAGGUUUUGAUGACACACGGUUUGAGGUUACAAAUGAACAUGGAUGCGUUGUCUAUGACAUCUGGUCUGCCUACAAAUUUCUCAGGGGUAUUCAACACAUGGAGGACCCUUCAGAUACCAACAAAUGGAAUAAAAUUGAGCUCGAAAUCCGGCGAAUUAUCCAUGUAAUGGUUAUCCAAAACCACAAACGUGAAAUUGCACAUGGAAAGUUAUGCUGUCUUGAGGCCUGGAAACAGGUUGUCGAAAUAUCUGUAUUGGAAUGUCACGAACUGUUCAGAUCCAAUAGACGCUUCAAGGUUAUAUAUGGCCUGUUGCAGAUGCUCCUUCCAGAGUUACCUCGUUUGGCAGACAAAAAUGAUGCGAUGCUUCAAGGUAUGAGUCAGGUUAUCCUGACUCUGAUGGAUCAAAUCAAUACCACACCUCGCCGAGAAAAGAUUGUGAUGAUUAAACCCGGAACAAAUGCUGUCUAUAGUCUCCCAAAUUUUUCGGAUAUGGAUUUAUCAGAAAUCUUUAUUGGGAUUGUCAAUUGUAUACAGGAUAGCCACGGCUCUGUUAUGGUCCGUGGAAACAUGUAUAUCACCCUCAGCAAAUAUCUUGCCUUAAUCACACCGCCAACACAGCAAAAGGAUACUUUACCGCUACCAUUAACUAAAUUGCAGCACUUCAUCUCCGAUUCUGUCCAAAAUAGUCACCCAUCAUUUCUAGAAACUAUCUACUACGACACCAUAUACAGCGAUGAUGUCUGGAAGCCUACUGCUCUGGCGGCGAUGUCUGUCCUAUAUGAACUGACCGAAAGAGCGGGAACGUACACUGUACUGAAUUUCUUAGAAAGAAAGAAUUUUAUAUGCCAUAGGUUGGACGCGAUAUUUGAAGGACAGACUGGAGAAGGUCAAUUCAAGCCACAGGAUAUCUCUCCUACGAGUAUUGCUUUAUAUAAUGAAAAGAUGAACCUCCUGUUGCGUAUUGCGUCAAAAAAGCGAGGAACUGAAGUACUAUGUGCCCAUAACGUAUUUGAUGAACUCUGCAGAUUCAACUUGAACAAAUUGCCGCGUGAAGGCAAAAAAGAAACAGAAUUGUUUGACAUUAUUGUUACUCCUGUACUUCGGCUGGUGCUCAUAUUGAUAUUGAAUAAAGGGCAGUAUUGCGAAGAGACGAGAAGACAGGCUAAACGAUGGGAAAUUUCGCAUGAAGAUGUAUUACAGUACAUAACUGCUAUAAAACGCCCACGUACAUCUACAUCCGAAAUACAACUAAAUUUAACAAAAGAUAUUUUGCAUCUUUUACAACCAAAACCUGAGUCCUUCAGUACUAUAGAGCCUAAACAGCCUCAUGCUCAUUGGUAAACACAAUAAUGGGCUAUAAUAUCCUAAUAAUAUGAAUAAAUUAUUGCUGUAAAAUCUCAUUGUGCUUAUAAUUGUACUUAAUACAAAUGAUCCUUGGUGUGGAAAGGUCGAAAAGAUUAACCAAAGAUAAAACAAAGGCCUUAAUGGGCUUAUCCAAUAAAGUUAAUUUAUAUCUAUCCGC